CUUUCCUCGAUAUUAAUUGAAUCAUCCAAACAAAGCAGCGACGUUAAUUUGGAGAUAAUAAGUGGAUUCUGUAUUCUUGUUAACGCCACUCAAGAGCUGGAAAUGAUGUGCAUCUGCAACAUACGCUGCUGCUUCUUCUCCAGCUUGGUAUUCUUCUCCCUCGUUUACUACUACAACGAUGUGAUGGUGGACUACCUGAUCUUCGAGGAGCACCACCUGGGCGAGAGCUACUUCGUGAACACCAGGGGCUGUCGCAUGCUGACCAUGGUUCCCGACGACCGCGACGUGAUGUUCCUGUGGCGCGGCCUGCAGAGGGAAUACUGUGCCAGCGACCUGGACCUCACGUCCUUCAGCAACUGGGACUUCAACUACCUGCGGACGGAGGUGAACAUGGAGUUCAUAGAGCCGCGGUACGGAGUGCAGAGCUUGGAGGGCUUCAAGUGCCAGUAUCACGUUGUGGAGCGGAGCACGGACUUCGACAACCGAUUCUUGUACAGCCGGGAGUUUCCCCUUCUGGUGGAUGGCAACAACACGAUCGAGCCAAAUGCGGAUAUCAUAAGAGCCGAGUGCUUCCUUAACCAAACGCGCAUCUACAACGGAGUCCACUUCUACGUGCGACCACCUGACGAGUGGCAGCGCCACAUCCAAGGCCUUCCACCCCUGAAGUCCGCCUUCGAUCCCGGCAGUCUGUCUGUGCUGAUCGUGGGCCUGGACUCCAUCUCGCAGAUGCACUUCUCGAGGAGCAUGGCGCGCGUGGCCAACUUCCUGCUCUCCCUGCCGCACGUGGAGCUCAAGGGCUUCAACCGGCUGGGGAACAACACCUUCGACAGCCUGAUGCCCCUGCUGAGCGGACUGAGUGGUUCGGAGAUGAGGGAGCUCACCUCGGAUCUCAAGACCCUGGACAGCUGCCCCUUUAUCUGGAAGCUGUUCCGACAGGCCGGCUACGAAACUGCUCUGGGUGAGGACAACAUCGAUAAGACUUUGUUCGCCCAGGGAUUCAAGCACCCUCCCACGGACUUCUACCUCCGACCCGCGCUGCUCGAGAUGUGGCUGAAGACGAGGACGGACCAGCUGUUCGGCACGCACUGCAACGAGAAGGACAACUACGCCAUGGUGCUGCGGGAGUUCCUCUUCAAGCUGCUGCCCCACCACAGCGAGCACAGGUUCUUCACGUUCCUCUGGUGGACGCAGGGCAUCGACCACAUGUUCAACUACGGCCGGAAGCUGGACAAGCCGUUCCUCAAGAUGUUCCAGAUGCUGGCCCAGAGCGGCCUGCUGAAGAACACAGUGCUGCUGGUGGUUUCCAAUCACGGGUUGAACAAGGGUCGCUUCUUUGACACCGUGCAGGGAAAGGUGGAGGAGGGCCUGCCGCUGGCCGUGCUCUGCUACCCCAGGUGGCUGGAGGAGCGGUAUCCCCAGGCGAUUGACAACCUUAAGACCAACAACCAUCGACUGACAACGGCCUUUGAUCUGUACGCCACCUUGUUGGACCUGCGGAACCUGACUUCCCUGGAGGAAGAGCCUCUUCAGAAGCGCACGUCUGAGAUGCAGAAUCUUCCACGGGGAAUCAGUUUGUUCCUUCCCAUUCCGGAGAGCAGGAACUGCUCCUUGGCCUCCAUUCCCACGGAGUUCUGCCUGUGUCAGCAGCACGGAAACGCCUCCACUUCGGAUGGAUAUGUUCUGCGCGCUGCCCGCCUCAUUAUUAGGAACAUCAACAAGAUCCUCUGGACAACCACUCCGCCCUGCGCGACUUUGUUCCUGGAUCGAGUGCUCUCUGCCGACAAGUGGCGACGCACGGCGGAUGAGCACCAGUUGGAGUUCAAGGUGAAGCUGCUGGCAACUCCAGGAGCGGGACAGUUCGAAGCUGUCGUGAGAUACACGGGCUAUAAACUAGCAAUCGAUGGACCCAUAAGAAGAGUAAACGAUUACGGAAACGAUUCCUACUGCAUUCAGAACUACCUGAUCGAAAAGUUUUGCUUUUGUGUCUGAAGUACAUUUUAUAGGUAUAUAAGUAUUUUUUACGUAUUAUUGCAAUACCAUUUUGUUAAUGCUGUUUAAAUUAUUACAUACUAGUUAGAUAUUUAUUAUAAUUAAUUCAAAAGUC